GUGGGACCUGUCCAACAGGAGUCCAUGUGGUUGUUAUUUUCUUGAUGAAAAUGAGACGAUCAGACAAAUUUUGUGUGUAGAAAUCGCAGUUGAGAGAGCUUGAGAGCUCAUCAUGGCAACAAUGAAUUUGCGGAUCACAGGCAGCAAGUCGAAAAAGAUUGCAGUGAAGUCUAUGAAUCCAUCACAAUUUCCAAACCACUGCUUCGAUUUUUGUGAGCAACUGCACUCAGGAUUGAUCCAUGAAUUUUCCUCUAUCACGAAAAAAGUGCGACUCUUUCAGCUAGUAUGCUCUGCAGCUCCUCCAGAGGAAAUUCUCCAGGAAGUCAAAGAAAUUUCAAGCCAGGGCUGGCCAAAUAAUUUGGAUAGUGCUGAGAAAACACAAUUCCUGCAGUGUUUGGUUGUCCUGUACCUUCUGGCUGAUUACCAGGGUCAUGUCAAAAAUGCAUUUUUUAAAAUUUUGGAUCAAAGUGUUAAAUGUGAGCAUUCUUGGGACAAAGUUGCAGAGCUCUUUUCUCAAUAUUUACGCAGCGCUGUCAAAAAGACAUCAGACCAGUCUUCUGCUGCAGGCACCAUAACUCAUUUGACAAAAAGUCUGGCUCUUGCAGAAAAAUUUAUCAUUCCUUGCUGGAAAGACACCCUCGAGUUCCUCAAAUGCGGAGUUAAAACACAUUCAGAGUUGAAAGAUCUCUCCGAGAUGGUUGCGGUUGAACAGCAAAUCAUCUUUCGAGGUCUGCAUAUUCUGUCUCAGGCAGCAUCCACAGUUUUGCAAGUUGCAAACAAAACUUUGAGCUUUGGAUUAGGAGCUACUGACCAACUGAGCAACUUGCUAGGGACAUUCACCGAACUUCUUGCCGAACCACCACCACAGCUUCCAUUUGACACCUUGAGCUCCUGUGCCAUGAGUGCAAUUUUGUGUGCCGACAGGCUUCAGGAAAAUUUGUCGAAUGCAACAAAAAUUUUACAAGUGUUAGCUGUGAUAAUGGUUGAAAAAGAACAAGUGGAAACCUCAAACUGGAUUGCGCUCAAGGAUUGCAGCACACCGGUGAAACUCAGUCUAUGUUCUGCCUUGCUUGGAAUUUAUAAAGUCGAAGAAUUGGCAAGAAUCAAUUUAAAAAAUGAGCAUCUAUUGCUGAAAGUCUUUGAAUUUUUGGCCGACAAGUCUGCCAGGAGCUCGGAGUCAAACAUAAUUUUGGGCAGCUGUCGAUCAAUUGCAGCUCUUGGCAAACUUUUGCCCCAAGCAGCAAUUCUUUGCCCUGACCUCAUUCGUUCUCUGCUGCCAAAAGCUACAGAGCACUGCAUAGUUUACUUAGAGCAUCACAUGGACAGUGUUCGACACGCCACUAAAGCGUUUUUGGCCUCAUUUCUAGCUGCUUGUCAAAAUGAUGAAACUUCAACAUCAUACGUAAUAAACAGCUUUAAAAAGCUUCCAUCAGACUCAAAAGCAAAAUUUUUUGGUGUUGCUGCUUUGGGCAGCAGCUUGGGAUCUUCCACAGUUUUAAUGCAUUUCUCUGGCUUAGUCGACUGGCUUCUUAAUUCUCUAAAAAAUACAACGCUUGCUCCUCAUGCUAGCAGCACUUUGGAAGUUUUGAUGAAAAGCCAUAUUAAUAUCGAAGUCCCAGUUGAGCUUUGGUAUAAUACUUGGAUCAUGCCUGUAGUCCUUAUGAUGCCGUGUCCAGCGCUGGAGCCUGUUUUGUCCAAGGCGGUGGAGCUUCGACCUCAAACGCUUAACUUCAUAAUUGAAGUGUGUUCAAAUGAGUUAUCAAAGUCCUCAGCAUCCAAAGAUUCUGCAAACCACUUAAAAGUUCUCCUGAGCUGCCUCAUGAUGGCAAAAAAGCAUGCAAAGUGUGAUAAGAAGGAUUGGAUGGAAGUUGUGGGUUUGCAGCGACUUAUGCUCGCCUUGUGCCACUCGGACGACGAAGUUCGACUGGCUGCUCUUUCUUUUCUCACAGAAACCAGAAAAAGAACGGAACCCCUGAAUGCUAUUGAGCUAAUGUCUCUACUGACAGGAUUCAAAUAUUGUGGAGAUUCUGAUUCCCCAUCGUCGUGUCACACUGCUUAUGGGAUAUUAAAGAAGCUAUUGUCACGAGUUGCUGACAGCUAUCGCGCCGCCAAAAACAAGGAACAUAUCCACGAAGGAUAUGUCAAUUUUGUGUCUCAUUUGUGCGCCAACGCAUUUUCCGACCUUUUCCCUGGCUCGAGUUUGUGUAGAAGAAGUUUUUCUUUGCAAGCACUUUGCUUAUUUAGAGACUUGAUGGCUUCAGAAGAGCCAUGGAGUGGAGUUUGGCGUCAGCAGACGACCACCGAUCAUGCUGAAAUUUUGCUAAGCUGUUUGACGGACACUUACGAGGUCAACAAGAAGAUGGCCUUGGAGUUGCUGAAAGCCUUUCCUACACCAACUUUGGGACUCGAUAAGCAAGAGUGCCUGGAAGAACUGCUGCAGAAAUGUUUGCUGAUGUCCGAAAGUCACAAACCACCUGAAUGUACCAAUGCGGCCUGCGUCCUCUCUUUGAUUGUCAGUUGCAUAGACGUAGAACCCAUACUGCAUAAGUUAAACAACUCAAAAUCAAGCUCUUGUUUAAUAAUCUGCGAGAAACUACUUCAGCGACUGGAACUCCAACUGAAUGUGGCUAAGAAAAGUAUUUUGAAAGCGUCUGCUCAAGGGCCGAUGUAUGGAACUCUCUAUUGCCUGCGUUACCUGAUCAUUGAGCAGGAUUUAAGAUCUCUUUCCACAGGAAGUGAAACAAAUUCUUGGAGAUUUUUGAUCAACCAGCUUGUGACUUUCUGCUUUGAAAUGAACGCAACGGUCGCUCCAAUAGUAAACAGUUCUUCACCAGAGGGACACUUGCCAAUGGAUUUUGAAACUGACAUUAAUCUGCCAGAAGAGAUUGAUAGUUUGACGAUGGAAGAAGCACAGGGCUUUCCGAAAGUAACGGCUCAAAUGGUUUUACUUUGUGCAUGGCGCACAGUCAAAGAAGUGUCGUUAACCCUGGGAGAUUUGGCCGCCAAAGCUCCAGCGUCUGAGGCUGAACAGUAUCUGCUAAGCAAUCAACAACUCUUGCUUAUAGGAGAACAUUUCACAAGUUUACUUUGUGAAACCAAGCACAGAGGAGCUUUUGAGCAGGCUUAUGUUGGCUUCUGCAAAUUGUGCUCGUGGCUUUGGAAGGUACCAAGUGGAGUGUUGCCACAGCUCCCUGCAAAAUGGCUAGACGAGCUCAUGUUAGGAAUUUGUGGAAGAGACCAAGAGAAAAAUUCAAGUUCGAUCAAACUGACGAAACUCUGCACUACUCGUCGCAGUGCAGGCGUACCAUUCAUAGUUCAAGCUCUCAUCACCACGGAGCUUGAAGUGCGAGCCAAACCAGAAUGCUUCCACAAAACUGUGUCUACCCUUUUAAGGCUAGCGAAAGUUUCUGGAUCGGAAGGACAACUUCACGCACUCAAUAUUUUAAGAGCCCUUUUCCGAAGUGCCCACCUUGGGGAGCACGUUGCUCCGUACAUCUCGGAGGGCUUUGUUGUUGCAGUUCAAGCUUUCAAAAGUGCCAACUGGGCUGAACGAAAUGCUGCAACUUUGAUGUUCAGCGCACUUAUGAGCAGAGUUUUUGGAGUGAAACAUACCCCAGGUCAUGACGACCUGCCCAGGAAGAAUCGAAUGACCGGCAGAAUUUUCUUCAAGCUCUAUCCAGACCUCUUUGGCCUUCUGGCUGAUGAGUUGGAAAGUGUUUCUGCUUCCAUCAGAGAAGACAAAGUUGUGGCGGGCAGUUUGUACCCUGUACUACUUUUACUGGCAAGGCUGUACCCCUCAUCUCUGGAAGGCACAGAUAGUGCUUUAAAUCUCCUUUCACUUCUUGAUUACGUCAGUGUCUGCACAGCAAGUCCAGUGAUGCACACUCGCUACCUUGCUGCCAAAGCGUUGGUUCCUUUGGUGGAGCCUCAGCAGGCUCCUGCAUACAUUUAUUCCUUGAAUUUUCAACCUCAGCCACAAAAUACUCUGCAUGGCAUUCUUCUCCAGGUUGGAAAACUAGCUAAAGACCUGCCCGUGACUGAUGAGUUGGUCAUAGUCUACACAGACAAAAUAUCUCAGGGCAGCUAUUUGCUCAAACCUGAGCACAAGUGUGCAGUGACAAAAGGUGCUUUCCUUGAUUUUUUGUUGGAAGUAGCAGCUAAGUUCAGUGAACUGAACUUGAAGUUGAUGAGCAAUUCCAUCAAUAACCAACUACUGGACGUACUGCACUGCGAAGAUCAAUUUGGUUUUGCCGUAAUGAAGCAAAAAGCAGCCCGCUUGUUGCUGCAAAUGACGAUUGCAAUUAAGAAUUUCGAACAGAAGGAGCAAGUCAUCGUUGACGUUUUAAGCCACCAACUUCCAUUGGUUGUUCACGAAGCUUGUGUCUUUAUUUUAAGGCACACAGAGCUAUCUGACCAGGAAAUAAAUGGAGGUUGUCAUAAGUUUGUGGGCUUGGAUCUUGGCAAGAGAGAAGGAAAGUUGUUGGAUACACAAAUCAAGAGUUCCAAUAGUAUUGCACAAGCUUUAGUACAAAAAGCUCUUGAGUGGACCCCGAAAAAUGGGCAAAUGGUUCAGUAUGAAACGAGGAUAAUAAUAUACCUUGCAACUAUUCGCCUUGGCAAAAGUGCAUUGCUGUCAGAGUGGACUUUUGGGAACAACCACAUUACCAAUUUAGAGUCCAAAGUGGAAACCUUACUAAAUUUCUACCAAGAGCAACGAUUGGGUCCUGCCAGUUUUAUUACUUUAGCCUGUGCUGGUGAGUUGCUGCACAACACAAUCAAGGAGCCUUCAAAGAACUUGCUUCUAAAAUACACGUCUUGCCUGUUGGAUUGUGCCCAAGGAGAUUUCAGCUUUGAGAGCAACAUGGUUGUUGCUCAAUCUCUUUAUUCUAAUAAAGAUAUAAUCUUUGGCCUAUUUGAUACCGUCACCGCGACCUCGUUCUGUACUGUGAUGGAAAUUCUACAGCAGAGUUCUCCAAGUGGUCAAGAUAUUGUACUUCGACUGAACCCUAGUACCGUCAAUGUAACCCGUAGUAGAGCAUUAGAAGCAGUUGCGCAGCAGUUUGCUGUUGAUGAAAAAGUCUCCUUAGAGCUCAAGUUGGCUAUUCUUAUUGUAUGGACGUUUGGAGAGAAUGUUUUGAACGAUUUUGGGUGCGACAAAAAUUCUAUCCAAUUUGAUGAUGAGGACCAUAGAAAAGUUUUUGAGCAAGGAGAUGUUGAUGUCACCUCUGAGGAACUAAAGCUUUCAGAGGCUGCAUCCUCAGCCCUUAAAACACUUGUAACCAAGAAUGGUAAAGAGACUAUCAAUUCCGCUAUGAAUACCCCAAUAGAAUGGACACCAUAUGGCUCAUUUACUUGCCGUGACAUCCUAUUUAAAGUUAAAAAAUUCAGCACAUCAACUUCCCAUUUUCUCGACAUCCAGCAUCAACUUUGCAUACUUCGAAAGAUGCAGUAUCAUGAAUUUGAGAAGUCUUUGAUGCUAGACAAUUCUUGAUAAAAUGAUAUAUAUGUAAUUCAAUAAGAAUAUAUUUUAAUCAUUUUAAUAAUAAAAGUUUUUAAUCUCUUCACAAAAAAAUUAUUUUCUACUUCUGAGGAAUUGCAAAGCCAGCUCCUCUUCUUCUUCCAAAGAUAAAACACUUUUCUUACUUGGC